UCAGAAGCUUAUACCUAGCCUUAGGUUAGUAACCUAUCGGCUUUUAAAACCUUUUUUUAUCAAAGUUAUCAAUAAAAAUAUAAGAAAUACAGAACAAUCGAAAAUCAAAGAGAAUAUAAAUUGAGGCACAGAUUUAAAUAUUAUUUUUUUCUGAGAUUUUUUUACGUUUUUAGGUAGUUAUGACUAGUUAUGACAGCUUUGAAUUUAUCGUCAAGACAUUUUCUAAUUUGUAUAUUAUACUAAAUGUUUGUAAAUGAAAUAACCAACUUGCCUGAACAUGAUUUUAUCAAUAAAAUUGUGACUACAAAAUCAAUUUAAAAUAAUUUUGUAGCUGCUUCCUUAGUUCAAUUACAGAUAGUUGUUACGAAACCAUGAGCCACAGAAAAGAAUCAUUGAGAAAAAUUAAGUCAUUAUGCUAUGUGACCUUGGGUGGUUCUAUAGUGUAUCAAUACAUUUAUUUCAAGAAAGAUUUUUGUGGUUACUAUGAGAAUGUGCUUCAACCUUUAAGCCAUUAUCUCAAUCCAGAAUUAGCACAUAAAGUUGGUAUUGCAGCUAUAAAGUAUGGAAUAUUCCCACCAGAAAUUAAAGAAGACCCCAUUGUUCUGAAAACAAAAUUCCUGAAGUACAAUUUAAACAAUCCAAUUGGCAUUGCGGCAGGUUUUGAUAAACAUGGUGAUGCUAUUAUAGGUUUGAAAAAAUUAGGAUUUUCUAUUGUGGAAAUUGGUUCAGUUACUCCUGAGGCACAACCUGGCAAUCCCAAGCCUAGAGUGUUCCGCUUACCUGAGGACAAAGCUGUUAUCAAUAGAUAUGGCUUUAAUAGUGAAGGGCAUGAUCAAGUUUACAAAAAGAUUCACAAUAUUGAAAAAGGUCUUCUUGACAAAGCAUUAUUGGGUAUCAAUCUAGGAAAAAACAAGCUUUCUGAUGAUGCUGUACAUGAUUAUGUUUUAGGAAUUGAGAGAUUCUCUAAUAUAGCUGAUUAUUUUGUUAUAAACAUAAGCAGCCCAAACACACCAGGCCUAAGAUCUUUGCAAAAGAAAGAAGAACUGGAGGAACUUCUGAAACAGAUAAACAAGACAAGAAAUACAGUGCAUGCUGAAAACAAACCACCACUUCUUUUAAAGCUUGCACCAGAUUUGAGUCAUGAGGAGAUGAAAGAUAUUGUGAGUGUAAUUUCUAAACAAGAAAGCAGUGUGGAUGGACUUAUUAUUUCAAAUACUACAAUAGACAGAUCUGGACUUAAAAAUAUUGAAUUUAAUAAUGAAACAGGUGGUUUGAGUGGAAAACCAUUAACAGAUAAAUCAACACAAAUGAUAAGAGACAUGUAUAAAUUGACUACAGGUAAGAUACCAAUCAUUGGUGUUGGAGGUGUGUUUACUGGACAAGAUGCAUAUGAAAAGAUUCUAGCAGGUGCAAGUGCAGUACAAAUAUACACAGCAUUUAUAUACCACGGACCACCAGUUGUUUCCAAAAUAAAAACACAACUGGCAGAACUACUCCAGAGAGAUGGCUAUAGCUGUGUGAAUGAUGCUAUUGGAAAAGGGGUAGAAUAAUAACAAAUUUAUUUUAGACAUGUACAAAUUUUGUAAUUGUUAACAAAUAGCAAUUAAUAUAUUAAUGAGUUAUAAAAAAAUA